UUGAGAGCAGAGCUGAACUCCAUGUUGAAACAAAGUUGCCAUUAAGAAACGAAACUUUUUUUGAACUUUCAUUUUAUAUAUUUUCAGAUUGUCUUCGUUUUUUACUCCAGACAACCAGGAAGCCUCAUUGUCUCUAUCUACGCGCAGGAUGCAUUUCCUGAAGUGCUGGUAGGAUUGCUGCGACGCUUAGCGUGGGGAAUUUUAUUCUCGGUUGUGUGGUUAGAAGUUUAGAAAGUGAGGAAGUGCGGGAUUUUGCGGAGCUUCAUGGACGCGCCGUCAUCCAUCAUCACGCAAGUGAGUCGGGAUGAAGAGCCGAGCGCUCCUCUGCGGGACAAAGGUGCUGCAGUGCAUGUGACGUCAAACUCAAAGAAGCCUCGCAAACGUGGCUUUUUCCACAGCCUCUUCUGCUGCCUGUGUCAUGACGAAACGGACCAUCUGCCCGUCAAUAACAACGCGCCGCUGCUGGUGGAAGAGAAUGGAACCAUCUCAAAAGUGCCAGCCAAGCCACUGCUCCCCCAGAUAAAGUCGAAAGAUGCAGGAAAGAUCUGCGUAGUGAUCGAUCUGGAUGAGACGCUAGUGCACAGUUCAUUUAAGCCAGUGAACAAUGCUGAUUUUAUCAUUCCGGUGGAAAUUGAUGGGUCUGUACACCAGGUGUAUGUACUGAAGCGACCUCAUGUUGAUGAGUUCCUGAAGCGGAUGGGCGAAUUAUUUGAGUGUGUGUUGUUCACCGCAAGCUUAGCCAAGUAUGCAGAUCCCGUGUCGGAUCUGCUGGAUAAAUGGGGUGCCUUUCGCUGCCGUCUUUUUCGAGAAUCCUGCGUGUUUCAUCGUGGAAACUAUGUCAAGGACCUAAGCCGCCUGGGCAGGGACCUCAACAAAGUCAUCAUCGUGGAUAACUCGCCAGCGUCAUACAUCUUCCACCCAGACAACGCUGUACCCGUAGCCUCUUGGUUUGACGACAUGUCCGACACAGAGCUGCUGGAUUUGAUCCCGUUCUUCGAGAGACUAAGUAAAGUGGACGACGUGUACGCAGUGCUCAAACAGCAGAGGACUAGCAGCUAGCGCGAUCAACAGGGCAGCUUUCACCACGGGGCCAGGGAGGCUGGCGGGGUCCGGAGCGCCACUUCCCUGCUACAUGGGAUCUGCUGCUGGCUCGCUCCUCAUCACCUACCCAGAAUUCCAUUCGCAGGUGGUUUUUACAGAGAUCUUGAUGGAAACCUGGUAUGGCUAGAACGAUGGAACUGUGAAGGACUGCUUUAUCUCUCUCACACACAAACAUGAAAAAAGAAAUGUAUCAUUUUUUUUUUAACACUUGAAUAUGUGUUAUUUCUUCUUUUAUAACUUUUUUUUUUCCACUUUAAAGGUAAGGUCAAGGGAAGCCCUGUUUAAAUGGAUUAUUGCAGAUUUUUAUCUUUUUUUUUUUUUGGAAGACCAUACGGUAGAUUAUUACAUUUGGUGCCAACAUUUUUGCAAGUAGCCUCAUGUUUCAUGGGUUUACAUUUCUGAACGUGCGUUUUAGGGCCGUUCAGAGUGGACGGAUUUCUCAAGCUACUCGGAGAACCAGAAUUUCUCCCCAGGCGUUUAUAAGAGCCAAGGGAACUUUUUGAUUCAUUCCAACACAGGGUGGGGAAAGAGCCUGACACUGAGCUGCCUCCAUGCAGGCCUGUAGUCUUCAUAGAAAGCAGUUUUGUUUUGUAAUUGAAAAGCAUCACGCUUUCAUUCUGUCUAGUUUGUGUGAUUAAGUUGUGAGAUGCUUUUAUAGACCGGCCCAGUGUGUCUUCACCCGGGCCUGUGUCAGAUAAGAACGGUCACAUAGAAAGUGGAAGUAUGAAAGGAAAAUCAGACGUGGUGCGUUUUAGAGCUGACCAUUUAAUCCAUUUUAAUCCAAAUUCUUUUCUUUUUUUAAAGAAAAGGAAAAGUUUAAUUUUUUUUUUUUUUACAUAUUUAAGACUCUAAAAUCUCUCGGCUCCUUUCAUCUUUCUUCCAAAUGAUCGACGUCAGUAAAUUCCUCAUUGGAAUCUGCUGUUUGUGUAAAUUGUGUCUGUGUAGAAGUUCCUACGCAGGUCUCAAAUGAAACAUGAGUUGAUUUGCCAGAAUGUCAGUGCUGUUCUUUUAAGGCAUUAGUUUGAGGUUACUUCAAACAGUGGGAAUGCCAAUCACGUAGCAAACAUCCCAAAUGUAAACAGUUCUAUCAUUAUUUUCUUUCCCUGAUUUUUUUUUUUUUAACUUCUUGAUGGAAAAAUGGUCUAUGUUGUACAAUCAUGUUUAGAUUUCAGACUUUAUGGAUGUUCCAAAGGGAUGCAGGAAGGGCAUCGUGUUUUCAGGCUAGUGGCUAAAGGAGCUCAAAACAUCUUGAAAGAAAGUGACACAGAGCAUGCUUACUGUCCUUCAUUGAGGCCAAGGAUUUGCCGAAGUCAGUCUUCUAUGAUCCAAGUGCUCUUUAUCAAAUCUUUAAAUUUAAACCAUUUGUGACUUUAUAAUUCACUUUAAAAAAGUAAAGCAUUGUUAAACAGAUCCAACAGUGGAAGUCCAUUUUACAAGAGCCUUUUUUAUCAUUAAACACAACGCGCAGCUCCGUCGGCCUAGCAAUGCCAACGAACGUGGACGUUUCGGGCUUAGCACUAUCAGAUGGACUAUUUCGAAAGUGUUGAUGCUGUGAGAUUUGGUGAUAUGUUCAGAUAAGAUAAUCAAGAGAAGGCAGGAGAACUUUUUGAUGAUGAUGAUGGUGACGACGAUGGUGACAAUGAUGAUGAAGCUGUUUGUAACGUUGGUGUUUUGUCUUUUUUUUUUGUAAUAGAUUUUGUACAGACAUGAUAACGGUAUGGCCAUGCUGAUUUUCUCGACUUAUGAUAAUGAGUGUAGAGCUGCACCGAGAGCGAGAGAGAAACUAGCCUAAAGGUUUGAGUCAUGCUUCGUUCUUACAAGCACAACUGUUUUUUUUUUUUUUUUCUUCUUCUGUCUGUAUAUGAACCUGUCCCUGUAUUUUUCUCCUUGUUAGUGAAUAUUGAAUCGGAUGUCCAGAUUAUUCUAGAUUUAAUAUAUUUAUGACAUCAGAUUAUACGUUACACAAGUAGAUCGGUACUAACCCUGGAUACACAUUGUUUAAAAUCUUAAGAUGAAUAGAAGAUGACACAAACAUUCUAGCGGCGAAGACUCCAGGUGCAGCAGCCUGCUGAUCUGCAUGUUUUUCUAAAAUGUUCUGUUCGCUGCCCUCUCUGAUCGCAUAUUGUUUUGAUACAACGUCAAAACGAAACCGAAUCCCCUAUCUGACGUGGUACAUUCCUAUAGACCUCCUCAAUCUCGUAGAUCACCCCUAUUUAUUUUAUGUCCACUAAUCUUCUAUAACAGGUUUUGUUGGUGUCCACUUGACAUAACAAGUCUAUGCUUUUCCCCGCUGAUUUCUAUAACCCAGGAAUAUUGGUAAAAGUAAUCAAGCACUUAACUGAUCUCAGCCGCGAUCUGGGAUGGUUUUAAGUUCUGGAAGCACUGAUACCAUCUUACAAUCUCGUAAUACAGCUUGUUACUUAGGAUCGACACUCUUCAAUCUUUGAAAGGUUUAUGCGAGUAGGAGAGAUAUAAAAUCUUUCAUCUAGAUUGAAGUGCAUUACAAUAUAGAUCAGCAGUCCUGUUCCAACAUAAAAAAAAAAUAAAAAAAGAUUAAGUCAGGCGUUUCAGUGUAAUGCUUGGACUCUUGACAUUUUUAGAAGAAAUUGCUCCCCCUGGAGUUCAGUUUUAUGCAGUGUUUUAUGACUUUUAUCACUACAGUUCUUGAUAAUGUAUGAGAGUCACUAUGCAAGUAAAAAAAGAAAAAACUGAUGUGAAAUCUGUCCUCUGCCCAGUCAUACUGUAUCAGCAUUUAACAACUGAACCACUGGUGCUUUUCUUUUCUGCUCGUAUUUUUAAUGGUAAAACUUUUGUUUAAAGUAAAUCUAAGAGCUUACAUUUGAACGGAAAGAAAAAACACACAUACACAAAACUUCAAUCAGGAAAGGGUGCUAGUUUCAGUCAAUUAUAACUAAGUACUAAGGCAUACUAUAUUCAUUUUUACUUGUCGCUCUGGAAGUAUCUUUUGAAUUCAUGUUGAAGCAGCGUAGCCAACACCUGAUCCGAGGUUUAACUGUCUGUCUACUUGGAUAUUCUCAACUACAAGAGUAACACAGUGUAUAUAGCCAUUUAUUUAACAUGUAUACCUUCUGCUUUUUUUUUUUAUUUGUUGUAUUGUACUGCCCCCUCUUUACUACAUUUAAACACACACCUCAUUCAUCCCAAACAUCUGUAAUCUGUCUGGUAAUUUGUGUAGGGCAAACCAAUUCAGCAUUAAUGGGUAGAAAAGUUCUGGGUUUUUUUUGUUUGUUUGUUUUUUUUUCCUCGUUCUGUAAUUUGGAAAUAGGAAAUCCGAGUUUAAAUUAAGUCAGCUGUAACCUAGUCAUGAAACUUUUGUAAUUAUUAAUUGUAUUUUACUGUACUGAAUGAGCUAUAUCAUAAAUGAAACUGAUGGAGAAAAAAAAUGAUUGUGGGUUUGUUGAAUGUGUAGAAAGGUGAGACAUAAAAGAUAGAAAAAUGACGAAGCUUGAUUGGUAAAGUUUUUUAUUAUUAUUAUAAUUUUAAUUUGAGGUUAUAUGUAAAGCAAAGAAACAGGACUACUGCUGACUAAAAGAAACUUUUAAAACAUAUGAAUGAUGCAACAGGUCAUACUGCUCAAGAAAAUGUUCCUAUAUGUUAAAUGACAAGAUACUAGUCUGAUAAAAGUAUUGAUCGAGGAAAUAUUUCUGACUUGCUCUCAAUGUACUAGCAAUCAUUAUUUAGCCUUCAUAUGAACCUUUUGGCCCUGUGCUUUUCUUCACCUGUGUAAACGUAUAGCUCACAAAAUUCUUUAAUUUGCAAUCCACAAACAAUUAUUUAGAAAAGGUAUCUAUACAAAGGACAAUGUACAUAAAUGUAAAAUAAUAAAACAAUUCCCUCGCAACCAAUUUUUGUGUUGGCUCCCCAGAGAAAAAAAAAAAAGGUCAGCAGCAGUCUUUAUCAUCUCACAAAGUUGUGCACCA